AUGGCCAAUUACAUCCAGCCCCAAGCUGGCUCGUACUGGCUGCAGGCAGACCAGCCAUGUGUGCCAUCUUCCAACUUCCGUGACAUGAUGUAUGCUUUUCCCAGGCCAAGGCAUACGGGUCGAGUGAUGAAGCCUCGGAGUGCGGGCAACAGUCCCUCAUCUGCGGGCAGAUGGAGGGCAGCAGCAUCACAUGGGUCACCAAUCUAUCAACCAGUCCAAGCCCAGCCGUAUCAGGCUCAGGUCAAUCCUGCUCUCCUGGCUUCCGCUCUGAGAAGAAGGCGAGCAACAGCAACUCGCCCAAUCAGCUGGCAUCCAGCAUCACUAGAAACGGCUGCGUAUACAUCACCGCCAUACUUUCAAACAACAGCCGCAGAGAACCUGGGAGUCAUGGCUCCGUCUACUCAGCCCAUGGGCCCAGCGACGACAACACUCGCAGACGCAGGUAUGCUACCAUCAUAUGACUCUCAGGAGUUUUCGGCACCAACGGAAGUUUUCUCCUUCUCCGCCAUGCCAGACCCAGCAUCGAUGCAACAGUCCUCUUUCCUAGACAUGAGCGGCUCCCAAAUCGAUCCAGUCACGUGGGAUAACAGUGCCCCCAACAUGACCACCAUGGCUCAACCAAUGUCCGAUAACUGGCCCUUCGAUAUGAUGUCUAUGAACAAUAGCAUCCCAUCGGCAGAUGUUGAGGCUUCGGGGUAUGCAAGUGCACCGUCGUCGGGCUAUUUGACUGGACCAUCCACUCCCGACUUUCUUCCCAUUCAGCAUCCAGACAGUACCUCUAAGUCACUCCACGAAUCGACCUCCGAUGAGCCAGCUGGGGAUGAACUUGUUGGAAUGGGUCUUUACAAUCACCCUGACCCUUUCCUGGAUACCUCAUUCCAUGAGGUGUCUGGCAAGGGUCUCAAGCUGGAGGAGACUUUCACACCCUCGUCGGACGAUGAAGCAGAUGACAGCAAAGAUGCCGAGAGCGAAGACGACAACCAAGAGACUACGGAACAAGCCAGCGCCUCCAGCUCUGCUCCUGUCCAGAAACAGCCGGCCAACCCACCGACCAACAUGAUGCACAAGUCAUUCUUCUUUGACGAUGACGACAUCGAACAGCAGACCAUGUCUGCACCCCAGCAGCUCUUCAACUUAGGAAGUCAGCCUUGCAUGAAUUAUGGAUACGGAUGGAUCUAG